AUUCCGUUACAUAACAGUUGAGUAAUCUUUCUUGUCACAAUGUUCCACAAGAAAACUGCUGAGCUGUGAAAGUCUUCAAACUGAAUUCAGUUUGACCAUAGAGAAGUUAGACGCUAAUAAGACACCGAACGGUUGAGGCUUGCUUGAAAUUUUGGCUGAAGAAGGGGAAUUUCGCUGCCCAGGAACGUCCGUGGACCAGUUUACAAUGAUGGGUUUGCUCCAUAGCUUGAUCGGCAUCUCCCUCCUGCUCACCCUACCAUCCGUCAGUGAUGCUAACCUCCGAUACCUUCGCACUGUGGCCUUCUCGGUAGCGAGAAUGUCCCCCGUGCAAGUAACAUCCGAGCAGAUCAUCGGCGAUUACGACACCGUCACCAGACCCGACAAUAACCACUUCGACCCGGCUCUGGGUGUCUUCACGUCCCCGCUAAAAGGAGUCUACGCCAUCGAUUUUAGUUUUCACCAGGACAGAGUCUUCACCAAAAGUACAACUACCAAGACGUUUAUCAAACUGACCAUGGAGACGGCAUCCGACGGCAAGAGAACAUUUUUGGCACCAGAGGGACGUCCAGCUACGGUGACCUCCCCUAUAUCGGUGCAAGGGGCCUCCGUUCUGCUGGAACUGGACAAGGGCGACAAGAUCUACCUCGAGGCAUCUCAGCCCGUUGGAGCAAAUACACAACAACCAAUUGCUUUCAGUGGAUACUUGAUCACUCGCACUUUGGAUUAAUAAUUAGGCUAAUGUGAUCACUUGAACGUGAUGUACUAAGACAAACCGUAGGCCUAUAUCUGAUGGGUCACAUUUAAGCUAGGCUCAAGUAUCAAUUUAUUCCGAGCUGGGAAAAGUUAAAUUUAUUAAUUUUAUCUGGAUGCACUUGGCCUCUUAACAAAAGUAUUCGUAGUCAGAUACUGAGACCAGGGAGACCAUGGAGGUAUCUCCAUGCUGAGACAAAAACUAACUAUUCAUCAAUUAGGCCUAUUUUACACACCGGACAAUCUCGGUGGUCUAGUUGGUAUGACACUGCCCUAGAAUUGCGUGAGGUCGUGGGUUCGAAUCCCACCGAGUAACAUGCCUGUGCACUUAGCCUCUUUACAAAAGUAUUCGUAGUCAUAUACUCGGACAAAUCUAUUUAUUAAUUAAUUUAGCUACCGGGAAAUCUCCGUGGUUUAGUUUGUAUGAAACUGCUUUUGAAUUGUAAAGUUCGUGGGUUCGAAUCCCACCCGAGUAAUUAUGCCUGUGGAUUUUCCCCCCAUACAACUCGGGAGAUUAAACAAUGCUAACACACAUCGGUGUAUAUGGGUAAAACCAAACUGAUUAUUCUUUUCCCCGAUGCAAUGAAUAAACAUUUAUUAAUUAUUUCCAA